UGAGUGUUGAGCUUGGACACCCCCGCUACUGGUGGAAAAAACACACACCUUCUCUCUCUUUCCUUCUCUCUCUUUAAAUUCGCACAGAACCGCCUUCGGCGGGUUUCCAUUUUUUAUUAAUACUUAAACAGUGGAGAGAACUAUCAACUAAACUACAUUGCCGUAUCGUCUCCUUUAGUCCUCUCUCAUAACAAAUUGCGGACGGCGAGUCUUCCUUCUCUGUCUUUCGCAGCGCGCAGCCCCUUCUAAUGCUGGCUGAGAUUCGACACGAUGAAGUUCCAUCAAACUCCUAAGAAAUAGAACAUCGCAUUCAGGUACGACAUCAAUCCAAGCCUCUUGGCGCCAGUGGUUGCUUCGCUGCUUUGGAGCUUUGCUAUGAUGCUGAUGUCGAUGGUGAAUGUUUCUUGGCAACUUUGGACGGCAGCCCAUGGUUGAAGCAUCAGUGGAGAAUUACUAUUACUAAGGGUAGGGGAUAGGAGAACCAGAGAGGCGACCGGGUAUAAACAAACCUGGACCGAGUUGGCCCAGUCUACCUGACUUUUGACAUAUUUUAACCAUUUUGUCACAAACUGGUUUUCCAACUACGUAAAAGAUAAAAAGGAAAACGAAAAAGGAACUGCGUUCUCCCCUAUUCCUUUUAAGGGAUUUUUGGGGUGAGAAAGUGAAUUGGAAGAUUCAGUGCUUUUGUUGGGAAGUAAAGCUCCAGCAAUGACGGAAACGGGUGUUUUUGAAAAGAAAUUUAAGAAGCCACUAGAUUUUUGCAUAUCUAUUGUGAAGUUCAUGUAGCUCUUCGAGAAAAUGUCUACAUAAAUCCGAAAGCAUUCCUUGUCAAGCGACCUUUAUGGAUCAAAAGAAAUAAAAAGGAAGCAGAAGAAAAAAGGGGAAAAGAGGAAAUAUACUUCUUGUUUAUACAGUGAGAGGGAGAAAUUGGAGGAUAUGGAAAUCAACACAGAAAAGGAGAAGAAGAGAAAACAAUCAUUGGAUGAGAAGGUCUUCAACAGUGUUAUUCUUGCUCUGGAGGCACCGGUUAAUGCUAAUGUAGAGUCUGCUUCGCAAACAUUAGAGAACAACACCGCAAGGAGUUCAAGCCAGAAAAAGAAGAGGAAGAAAAAGAAGCAUAAAACUGCGGAAAAUAAUAGUCUUGCACAAAAGCUGCCAGAGGUUGGUAACAUGGGUGAGCAAGGUCUCAAAGAAUUGGAGGAUAUGGAAAUCAAAAUAGAAACAGAUAAGAUGAGCAAACAACCAUUGGAUGAGAAUUUGGUGGCCUCCGACACUGUUGAUCUUGUUCUGAAUGCACCUGACAAUGGAAACACAGAAUCAGCUUUGCCAACAUUAGGGAACAACACUGAAGGGAGUUCAAUCCAGAAAAAGAAAAGGAAGAAAAAGAAGCAUAAAACUGAGGAAUAUAAUAGUCUUGCACAAAAGCUGCCAGAGGUUGGUAACAUGGGUGAGCAAGGUCUCAACGAAUUGGAGGAUAUGGAAAUCAAAAUAGAAACAGAUAAGAUGAGCAAACAAUCAUUGGAUGAGAAUUUGGUGGCUUCCAACACUGUUGAUCUGGUUCUGAAUGCACCUGACAAUGGAAACACAGAAUCUGCUUUGCCAACAUUAGAGAACAACACUGAAGGGAGUUCAAGCCAGGAAAAGAAAAGGAAGAAAAAGAAGCAUAAAACUGCAGAAGAUAAUAGUCUUGCGCAAAAGCAGCCAGAGGUUGGUAACAUGGGUGAGCAAGGUCUCAAAGAAUUGGAGGAUAAGGAAAUAAAAAUAGAAACAGAUAAGACGAGCAAACAAUCAUUUGAUGAGAGUUUGGUGGUCUCCGACACUGUUGAUCUUGUUCUGAAUGCAUCUGACAAUGGAAACACAGAAAUGGCUGUGCAGUUGCAAACAAUAGAGAACAACAUUGAUGGGAGUUCAACUCAGAAAAAGAGGAGGAAGAAAAAGAAGCAUAAAGUUGCGGAAAAUUAUAGUCCUGUACAAAAGCUGCCAGAGGUUGGUAAUAUGGGUGAGCAAGGUCUCAAAGAAUUGGAGGGUAUGGAAGUAAAAAUAGAAACAGAUAAGACCAGCAAACAAUCAUCGGAUGAGAAAUUGGUGGUCUCCGACACUGUUGAUCUUGUUCUGAAUGCACCUGAUGAUGGAAACACAGAAACGGCUGUGCAGUUGCAAACAACAGAGAACAACAUUGAUGGGGGUCCAACUCAGAAAAAGAGGAGGAAGAAAAAGAAACAUAAAGUUGCGGAAAAUGAUAGUCCUGUACAAAAUCUGCCAGAGGUGGGUAACAUGGUUGAGAAGGGUCUAAAAGAAUUGAAGGGUAUGGAAAUCAAAACAGAAAAGGAGAAGAACAGAAAACAAUCGGCGGUUGAGAGUUUUCUGGUCUCCAACAGUGAUGAUCUUUCUCUGAAGACACCGGUCAAUGGAAACACAGAAACGUGUUUGCAAACAGCAGAUAACAACAUUGAAGAGGCUUCAAGUCAGAAAAAGAGGAAGAAAAAGAAGCAUAAGAAUGUGGAAAAUAAUAGUCCUGUAAAAAAGCUGGUGGAGGUUGGUAACCUGGGUGAGCCAGAUCGAAAAGAACUGGAUGAUAUGGAAAUUGACAUAGUAAAAGAGAAGAAGAGAAAAAAAUAUGUGGAUGAGAAUUUGGAGGUGUCUGACACUGAUUAUCUUUCUCUGAAGUCUCCGGUCGAUCAAAGCCUGGAAACAGCUUUGCAAACAGCAGAGAACCACACUGGAGGGAGUUCAGGUAGGAACAAGAAGAGGAAGAAAAAGGAGUGCAAAGCUGUGGAAAAUAAUAAUCCUGUACCAAAUCUGGUUGAGGAUGGUAACCUGGGUGAGCAAGAUGUAAGAGAAUUGGAGGAUGUAGAAAUAAACAUAAACAAGGAUAAGAAGAGAAGACAUAUCUUGAAUGAGAAUAUGGAUAUCUCAAAUGCAGAUGAUCUUUCUCUGAAAUCACUGGUCAAUGGAAACAUGAAGACGGCUUUGCGAAUAGCAGAGAAGAGCACUGGAGGGAGUUCAAGUUUGAAAAAGAAGAGGAAGGAAAAGAAGUGUAAAGCUCUGGAAAAUAAUAGUCCUGCAAAACAGCUGUUAGGGGGCAUUAACUUAUGUGAGCAAGAUGGAAAAGAAUUAGAGAAUGUCAUGGACAAGGAGUGGAAGAUUAAAGGAUACUCGGAUGAGAAUAAGGAAGAAUUAGAGGAACUCAUGGACAAAGAGUGGAAGAUUAAAGGAUACUUGGUUGAGAAUAAGGUGAAUUCCAAGGUAGAAGAUCUUACUAUGAAGUCACCAAUUAGGAAAUUAGAAAUGGUUAUGCAAAUAACAGAAAACAAUGCUGAAGGGGGUUCAAGGAAGAAAAACAAGAGGACAACAAAAAAGAAGUGCAAAGUUGCAGAAAAUAAUGAACCUGUACAAGAUAUUCUAGAGAGUGGCAUUGUCUGUAACCAAGAUCAAAAAAAUAUAAAGCAUCUUGAAAAACUGAAUCAUGAAGAGUCCAUGGGUGAUUCUUUGAUCUUAGAGCUGGUAAAGAGUGUAGAUAUUGAUCUGAAGAAGAAUGACAAGGUCACUGAGAUUACUUCAAUAAAUAAUAGCAGGCAACAGAGGAGAAAAGGAAAGAAGAAAAGAUUGUGCUCCUCAGCUAGUUCUACACAGCCAGCAUAUGUGAUGCAAACUGCACAAAACAGUACAGUGGGAGAGGUCUCUGUUAGUUUAGAUAAUAUAGUUUCAUCGAGAAGAGAGUUGGGAGACGACAGAAAGAAUAGGGAGGAUGAGUUGAAUGAGGCCCAGAAAUCAGUUAGGGAGCAUGGUCGUUCUGAGGAAAGAAAAUUGGAAGAGUUGCCAAAUAUGUUAUGUGGCUGUUCUGAUAGAAAGUUAGAAAUUAAUAAGUUAUCUGGUGUAAAGGAAACUGAAGAUGAGCUAAAUAAAAUUCAGAAAACAGUACUAGAUCCUGAACUUUCUGGGAAACAAAGUGUGAAAGAAUUUUUGACUUGCUGUGACAAAGAGGAAAAAUCUUCUUUGGAAACUGAAAAUAAGCUAGAUUCUGCUGCUCACAUUUUGCUCAAUCUAAGGCAUGGAAAUUGUUACUCAUCAGAGUCAUUUAAAGAAGGCCUGAACACCCAAUCACAAUCUGUGGAGAACAUCUCCAUUGGCGAGUCUUCUGCUAAUUGUGCAUGCAAGAGUCCUACGCCAGGAAAGGGAGUUAAAAGGAAGAAAAAAGUGUACCGUGCUCUUCUUGACUCCCCUUGUGACGCUUUCCCGAAGCUGCUAGAACAGAAAAAUGAGAUAAAAAAUGAGUCGGUCCAGUUAGAUGAAGUAACUGAAGGAUGCCAUGUUCUCAGUGAAGGAAAUCUGGAAGUGUCCAUAGCAGAAUUGAAGAGGGAAGAAAUAAUAUCUUCUGGUAAUGGUUCUGUAAUGAAUGCUGAUAUUUCAGUUGGUGCCAUCAGUAAGGAAGACAACCUUUUGGAGAAGUUACCUCCUUUACCAGAAAGAUCACCUUUUAGUACCAGGAAAAAGCUUCUUAUUCUUGAUCUUAAUGGCCUACUUGCUGAUAUAGUCUCUGAUGCCCCUAAAGGGUUCAAAGCAGACAAGAAAAUUGCUAAAAAGUCACUUUUCAAGAGGUCACAUUGUGAUGAGUUCCUGAAGUUCUGCUUUGAGAGGUUCGACGUGGGUGUCUGGUCAUCAAGAUAUAAGAAAAAUGUGGACAGUGUAGUUGAUUUUCUUAUGAAAGAUAUGAAACACAAGUUGCUGUUUUGUUGGGACCAGUCGCAUUGCACUGACACAGGGUUCAGAACUAUUGAGAACAAGAAUAAACCACUUGUAUUGAAAGAGCUAAAGAAGCUAUGGGAUAAACAUGACCCUAAUCUUCCAUGGGAGAAGGGAGAAUACAAAGAAUCAAACACAUUGUUGGUGGAUGAUUCUCCUUACAAGGCUCUAUGCAAUCCACCAAAUACUGCAAUCUUCCCAUAUUCCUACAGGUUCCAGGAUACAGAGGAUAAUUCUUUAGGCACGGGAGGUGAUCUUCGAGUUUAUCUGGAAGGAUUAUCUAUGGCUGAAGAUGUGCAGAAAUAUGUUAAGGAACAUCCAUAUGGUCAAGGUGCUAUCACAUGCAAGAAUCCGUCAUGGAGUUUCUACAGUAAGAUACUUGGUGCCAAGAUAUCUGAAGUAAAACCUUAAGACAUUUGUACCAGCUCUUCUCUUACCUCCAACCAGGAGCCUGCUAUUAUCGACCAAGUUCAGAAUGAUGCUGACCAGAUCCAGGAUCCAAACAAAUGUUGCCUGAGAAUUGUAAGGAAUACCAGGUUAGCACUGCUGGUGAAAGUGCAGCGAUACUGUUCCCUAGCAUAUCCAACAUCCAUAUUGCUUCUGCUCCUUGAACUGAUAAUCUUAUUGGUUGUACACAAGGGGAUUGUUUAUUUUGGUUUACAGCUUUUUAACAAAACCCCCAUUUUAUUUUUCUGGUUGGGUUUGCAAAUCCAUAGCUGGCACUGCUAGAUGUGUGUUUUUUUUUUAUUGAACUGGUACAUGUAUUUUUCAGUAAUUCCUUGGUAGUAUUGCUUUUUCUUUUUUC